UUCAUCAUGUCAUCUCUGGUAGACUGAAACGGUUUGUGUGAAAAGGUCCAUCCCUCAAAGUAACUUUAACAUCCUUACGUUAAGUGCGUAAGUUGAAUCCCUACUUCAUCUGGCGGACACGCGUCCGCCCCACCUAACAACAUGGGCUGCUGUCAUUCUAAGCCCGUGCGCAACGGAUCGCAUCAAUCCCUCCAUCAGCAGAUACCAGUUCCUCCUGAUGUGAAUGGAACCUCAUCCGCAUCAUUCAGUCCCUCACCGGACGAGGUUAAGUUUCGAGGAGGUGCGUCAGAUGAGAAACGUAGUGAUGGGAUAGUAGUGGAGAAUAAUAACCUAGCUGCUCCUGGGUUAGGUCCAUCCGUGGGCGUGGAUGCCUUUGACGGAAUUAAGCAACCAACUACAGUUUCUACAAUUGGUAUCCAGACAGAGAAUAAUUGGUACCCUCCAGACUCAUCAGGGAAAAUGCCCCUCCUGAACAGCUCUUCUCGACCAGCGGUAGUUGGAAUGGAGGAUGACAGGGGGUUGGAGAACCUUGGAUUCCAGGGUUCUAGCACCUCCUUGAUUCAUGAACCAAUCACAUCUAGCCUGGACGAGAGACAAAAGACCCUGGUGAGGAAUACAUGGAAGACAUUGGAAAAGAAGGGAGAACUCCAUGGUUCCAUGAUGUUUGCCAAAUUGACGUCCGAUCACCCGGAUAUUGGAAAGUUGUUUUCUUUCGGUGGAAAGAAUCUAUCGUAUGGAGAACUCCUUGUUGAUCCCGAUGUCAGAUCUCAUGGUAUUAGGGUCAUUGAUACAUUAGGAUCGGUGAUCGAAGACCUUGACGACAUGGAACUCGUCGUCCAAAUACUGGAAGACCUCGGCCAGAGGCAUAAUUCUUACAAUGCUAAGAAGACACAUAUCAAGGCGGUUGGUGAAGCGCUUCUAUUCACCCUAGAACAGGCAUUAGGAGCCGGUUUCACAUCCGAUGUGAAAGCAGCAUGGACUGCCGUCUUCAACAUCGUGGCUGAUACGAUGUCAACGAAGCUUUCCGAUGGACCGCUUACGACCAGAGAGCAGGAUAUUGUACGGAAGACCUGGGGAGUGCUAUCUCUAGACAUGGAUCAACACGGAGCAGCCAUGUUCGCAAAACUCAUAUCUGUUCACCCAGUAGUUGCUCACCUGUUUCCGUUCGGUGAGAAUCUCUCCUACAGUCAGCUCGUUGAGAACCAGACUCUCAGAGCUCAUGGGAGGAAGGUGAUGGAGACCAUCGGCCAGGCAGUCGGGGCCCUCGAUGAUCUUGACAUCCUGGUGCCUAUUCUUCGUGAUCUGGCCAGAAGACACAUCGGCUACAGUGUCACCAGACAGCAUUUCCAGCCUGUCGGUGAGGCAUUAAUGCAUGCCAUCCGUGAAGGACUUGGUAGGUCUUUCAGCGAAGAAGUGAAAGGGGCAUGGCUGGCCGUGUUCCAACUCGUAGUUGAUACAAUGUCCGACAUGCUUCCAGAGGGCUCAAAGGAGAUCGUUUCCCCGACGCAAAAGCGCCUCAUACAAGAGACAUGGAAGAAGUUGUCCAGGGAUCCAGAGAGACAUGGGUCCGUUAUGUUUGCCAAAUUAGCAACUUCUCAUCCUGAGGUUGGCAAAGUCUUUUCGUUUGGCGGGAAAGGGUUGACUUAUGAGCAGCUGCUACAAAAUCAGGACGUCAAAGCACAUGGAAGACGCGUCUUCGAAACUGUUGGUCAUGCAGUCAAUGGUCUUGAUGAUUUAGACCUGCUUCUUCCAACUCUCAGAGACCUGGCGCAGAGACACGUAGGAUAUAACGUCCAGAAGCGUUACUUCGCGCCAACUGGAGAUGCGUUUCUACACGCGGUAAGACUUGGCGUCGGCCCGUCGUUAUUUACCUCAGAUGUCCGCAAUGCAUGGGCCGAAUUAUUCAAGGUUGUAACCGACACUAUGGCUGAAGUGGUCCCUGAUGGACCCAUCACUGCUGCACAGAAAAGCCUCGUGCAGACGUCUUGGAAGACAAUCGGUCAAGAUCCUACAAGACACGGAUCAGUACUCUUUGCCAAAUUGAUUACAGACAACCCAAAUGUGGGCAAACUAUUUCCCUUCGGGAGCAUGAACCUUAGCUAUGAUCAGCUACUCGCCAACAAGGAUCUCAGGGCACACGGUAAACGUAUAAUGGAUACCGUAGGAGUGGCAGUAUCUGGAUUGGACGACUUAGAAUUGUUAAUCCCGAUACUGCAAGAUCUCGCCAAGCGUCACGUAGGAUACAAUGUUACCAAACAACAUUUCAUGCCUGUAGGUGAGGCUCUGAUACACGCGCUACGCGUGGGUCUGGGAAGCAGGUUCACAUCGGAGCUAGAGGCUGCAUGGUCAGCUGUCUUCUCAGUCAUAGCUGAGACCAUGUCACUAUUGCUACCAGCAGGUGGAUUGACCACCGAACAGAAGAACCUCAUCAAAGGUUCCUGGAGGAUAGUGGCACCGGAGAAAGCCAAGUGUGGUGCCGUCCUGUUUGCAAAGUUAGUUACUGAUCAUCCACAUAUAGGAAGGCUCUUCCCGUUUGGUGGUCGGAACCAGUCAUACCAGAGUCUCCUCAUGGACGACAAGCUCAAGGCACAAGGUCUUCUGGUUAUGCAGACAAUAGGUGAUGCCAUCCGAGUGUUAGAUAACCCUGACAAACUACUUCCUGUUCUCAGUGAACUUGGGAAAAGACACGUCUCAUAUGGAGUGACUAAAAGCGACUUUGCUCCAAUAGGAACCGCUUUGAUGAACACUCUGAAGGAAUCACUUGGGAAUUCCUUCAACGACAACACCAAGAAUGCUUGGCUCAUCUUCUGGCAGCUCAUUGAAGAAACCAUAUCAGAGCAGCUCGUCGGUGCCCCUGAUGAUGGCCUGAUAACAAGCAACCAGAAGGAAAUUGUGCAGAGAACGUGGAAGACGCUCGGAAAAGAUCCGGGAAGACACGGCGCCGUCAUGUUCGCAAGACUGGUCACAGAUUACCCUGAAGUAGGUCGUCUCUUCCCGUUUGGAGACCGUGGUAUGACCUACCACCAGUUGCUCUGGGACGACUCAGUCAAAGCACAUGGUAAGAAGGUGAUGCAAACCAUCGGGCAUGCAGUAGAUGGCUUGAACAACCUGGAUCUCCUCGUACCAAUUCUCCAAGACCUCGCAAAGAGACACAUCGAGUACAAUGUGAACAAGAAACACUUAGAGCCUGUUGGGAAAUCCCUGAUCUACGCAUUUGAGAAGGGGUUAGGAAAUGCAUUUGACAGUGAGACAAAAGGUGCCUGGCUGGCCGUAUUCACUCUUGUUGCAAACAUCAUGUCUGAAAUACUUCCCGACUCUGAGGAUGAACAAGGACCUCUGACACGCGAACAAAGAAAACUGGUCCAAACCACUUGGAAAAAACUUGCCACGAACCACACUAAACACGGAACCGUCAUGUUUGCAAAACUAGUAACGGAUAAUCCUGAUGUAGGUCAUCUAUUCCCAUUCGGCAGCAAGAAUCUUUCAUAUCAGCAGCUACUGAGGAAUCCACAAGCCCAAUCACACGGUAAACGUGUUAUGGAGACAAUUGGAACGGCUGUAGCAGGCUUGGACGAUCUGAAUCUCCUUGUUCCCAUUUUGAAAGAAUUGGCGACGAGACAUAUUGGCUACAAAGUCACCAAGCAGCACUUCAAGUGUGUAGGAGCAGCCCUGAUUCAUGCCAUCAAAGAAGGGUUAGGUUCAUCCUUCUCUCCAAGUAUCCAGAGUGCCUGGGUUGCUACCUUCGAGCUCAUUACAAACACGAUGUCUGAAAUCCUCCCAGACAUUGCACCCCCGACAUCAGCGCAAAAGGAGAUUGUGAAACGAACAUGGCGAAAGCUCGCUCCACAUCCAGCAAGGCAUGGCGCCGUGAUGUUUGCCAAACUUGUAACGGACAGUCCUGAUGUAGGUCAUCUAUUCCCAUUCGGCAGCAAAAAUCUUUCAUACCAAGAGCUACUGAGGGAUCCACAAGCUCUAGCACACGGUAAACGUGUCAUGGAGACAGUUGGAACGGCUGUAGAUGGUUUAGAUGAUCUAGACAUUCUCGUACCAAUUCUACGUGAUCUAGCAACUAGACAUAUUGGCUACAAUGUCACCAAACAACACUUUAGCUCUGUAGGGGCAGCCCUGAUUCAUGCCAUCAAAGAAGGACUAGGUACAACCUUCUCUCCAGAUAUCCUGAGUGCCUGGAUGGCAGUCUUCCGGCUCAUCACAAACACAAUGUCUGAAAUCCUUCCCAGUGUUGGUCCUCCAACAUCAGCACAGAAAGAGCUCGUGAAACGAACAUGGCUGACUAUAGCACCGAACCCUGCACAGCAUGGUGCCGUGAUGUUCGCUAAACUCGUAACGGACAAUCCUGAUGUAGGUCAUUUGUUCCCAUUCGGAAACAAGAAUCUUUCAUAUCAACAGCUACUGAGUGAUCCACAGGCUCAAGCACAUGGUAAACGUGUCAUGGAGACAGUUGGAACGGCUGUAGAUGGUUUAGAUGAUCUAGACAUUCUCGUACCAAUUCUACGUGAACUAGCAACUAGACAUAUUGGCUACAAUGUUACCAAGACACAUUUCAAGUCUGUCGGAGCAGCACUGAUUCAUGCCAUCAAAGAAGGUCUCGGUUCAAGCUUCUCUCCAGAUAUCCAGAGUGCCUGGAUGGCUGUCUUCCAGCUCAUCACAAACACAAUGUCUGAAAUCCUUCCAAGUGUUGGUCCUCCGACAUCAGCGCAGAAGGAGAUUGUGAAAAGAACAUGGCGAACUCUGGCUUCGAACCCAGCAAAACACGGCGCCGUCAUGUUUGCGAAACUUGUAACGGAUAAUCCUGAAGUAGGUCACCUAUUCCCAUUCGGUAGCAAGAAUCUAUCAUACCAACAGCUUCUGAGAGAUCCACAAGCUCAAACACAUGGUAAACGUGUCAUGGAGACAGUUGGAACAGCUGUUGAUGGCUUAGACGAUCUCGACAUCCUUGUACCUAUUCUACGUGAGCUGGCAACUAGACACAUUGGAUACAAUGUCACCAAACAACACUUUAGUCUCGUAGGUGCAGCCCUGAUUCAUGCCAUCAAAGAAGGACUAGGUUCAUCCUUCUCUCCAGAUAUCCAGGGUGCCUGGAUGGCCGUCUUCCAACUCAUCACAAACACAAUGUCUGAAAUCCUUCCAAGUGUUGGUCCUCCGACAUCAGCGCAAAAGGACCUCGUGAAAAGAACAUGGGGAAAACUGGCUUCGAAUCCAGCACAGCACGGUUCCGUGAUGUUUGCAAAACUUGUAACAGACAAUCCAGAUGUAGGUCAUCUCUUCCCAUUCGGAAACAAGAAUCUUUCAUAUGAGCAGCUACUGAGACAUCCACAAGCUCAAGCACAUGGUAAACGUGUCAUGGAGACAGUUGGAACGGCUGUAGAUGGUUUAGAUGAUCUAGACAUUCUCGUACCAAUUCUACGUGAGCUGGCAACACGGCACAUUGGCUACAAUGUCACCAAGAAACAUUUCAAGUCUGUAGGGGCAGCCCUGAUUCAUGCCAUCAAAGAAGGACUAGGUUCAUCCUUCUCUUCAGAUAUCCAGAGUGCCUGGACGGCCGUCUUCCAACUCAUCACAAACACAAUGUCUGAAAUCCUACAAGACGCUGCUCCACCAACAUCAGAGCAGAAAGAGUUAGUUAAAAGAACAUGGCAAGUACUCGCUCCGAAUCCUGCAAAACACGGAGCAGUGAUGUUUGCAAAGCUACUCACCAGACAUCCUACCGUCGGCAAGCUCUUUCCAUUUGGUAAAGAGAACCUGUCUUACGCCCAGCUGUUGAAACACUCCCAGGUUCUGGCCCAUGGUAAGAAAGUGAUGCAGACCGUAGGUGUUGCUGUAGAUGGACUAAAUGACCUGGAUCUCUUGGUUCCAAUCUUGAAGGAUCUUGGAGGGAGACAUGUGGGGUACGGUGUUAACAAGGAACUUUUUGAGCCUGUUGGAGAAGUGCUUCUUGAAACUAUCAAAGAAGCACUAGGAAGUGAUUUCACUGACGAAGUGAGACAGGCUUGGGUUGCCGUUUUCAAGAUUGUAUCCGACACAAUGUCUGAGGCCUUGAGUAAAGGAGCUAUCACCACCGAAAAUAAACGGCUGGUACAGGAGACUUGGAGAAAACUAGCAACUGAUCCAGCUAAACAUGGAGCAACAAUGUUUGCCAAACUUGUUACAGAUUAUCCUGCAGUAGGCCCUCUGCUACCAUUUGGUGAUGAAGGCCUUUCAUAUGAUCAACUCCUUGUUGAUCCAAGGGUUCGAGCCCAUGGCACCAGAGUCAUGCAGACGGUUGGAGGUGCAGUCGAUGGACUCGAUGAUAUAAGCUCGGUGGUGCCAAUAUUACAAGAACUUGCAACAAGACAUAUAGCCUAUGGUGUCACCAAACAACACUUUUCGCCGGCAGUGUCAUCAUUGAUGUACGCCAUCCGACAGGGGCUUGGGCGGGACUACAAUAGUGAUGUUGAAAAGGCUUGGCUUGCAGUUCUCCAGGUUGUCGUCGAUACGAUGUCCGCUGAACUACCGGACGGUACCCUCGAUGAUGCAAAGAAGGAUCUUGUUCGAGCGACCUGGACGAUCUUGUCUAGAAAUCCAGAACAACAUGGGGCUGUAAUGUUUGCAAAGCUUGUAACAGACAAUCCUACGAUUGGCAGGCUGUUUCCUUUUGGAAAGAAGAAUCUUUCUUAUGACCAACUUCUUGCCGAUCCCCAGGCGAAAUCACAUGGGAGGAAAGUGAUGGAGACUGUGGGUCACGCUGUAUCGGGUUUGGAUGAUCUCGAUCUAUUGGUUCCAGUCCUAGAGGAAUUGGCACAGAGACACCAUCAGUAUGGCGUAACCAAGAAGUAUUUCAAACCUGUUGGAAAAGCAUUAAUGCACGCCAUUGAGGAGGGAUUGGGUCAGCGAUUUUCUCCAGAAGUUGGAGAAGCCUGGAGGGCUGUAUUCACUGUGAUAACCAAUACCAUGUCAAGAAUCUUGCCAGACCAUAUCAUACUAACAGAUGAGACCAAAAGGCUUGUGAGAGAAUCAUGGAGGAUUCUAUCUACAGAUCCCGGUAAACACGGUGCUGUCAUGUUUGCAAGACUAACAACACAAAAUCCAAUCGUUGGUCGAUUGUUUCCGUACGGAGACAAAAACUUGAGCUAUGAUCAGCUGCUGUCCAACAAGAAAGUCCAAGCUCACGGGACAAAGGUAAUGGAAACCAUCGGCCUCGCUGUAGAAAAUCUUGACAACCUAGACGAUCUUGCGACAGUCUUGAAGGAACUGGCUCUCAGACAUAUUCAGUACAACGUCACCAAAAUGCAUUUUGAGCCGGCCGGACUGGCUUUGAUGUACGCCAUUAAAGAAGGUCUCGGAAGUUCGUUCACCAGUAAAGUGAAAGAUGCUUGGUCGGUGGUCUUCCAACUCAUUUCUGACAUGAUGUCAGAGGUUCUUCCUGAAGGACCCAUAUCGUUUGACCACAUUGAAGUCCUGAAACGAACUUGGAAGGUGUUAGGUCAGAAUCCUGAACAACACGGCACUGUCGUCUUUGCCAAGCUAGCAUCAGAUCACUCUCUGGUCAGCUCCCUCUUUCCGUUUGGAGGGAAAGGCCUAACCUAUGAGCAACUCUUGGAAAACGAUGAUGUCAGGAAACAUGGCCGUCAGUUCAUGGCUACGGUUGGCAGUGCCAUCGAUAAUCUUGAGAAUCAUGAGAUUCUCAUUCCGCUGUUGGAAGAACUUGCUAAGAGGCAUAAUGGAUUAGGUGUCACAAGGCAACACCUACCGUAUGCAGGAGAAGCGCUAUUAUUCGCCAUCAGUGAUGCACUUGGCCAUGGCUUCACGGAUGAAGCUCGUCAGGCUUGGGAGGUCCUUUUCCAGUUGAUAGUCGAUGUCAUGUCUUCAAAGCUACUAGAUGGAAGAAAGACAACGGGCACAGAGAUAAUGACAAGUAAACAGCGAGAACUUGUUAGGAGUACAUGGGAGUUGAUGGCUUCUGCUCCCGACAAGCAUGGUGCGGUCAUGUUUGCAAAAUUGGUCAGCGACAAUCCUAAAGCUGGAAAGCUCUUCUCUUUUGGCAAGAAGAAGUAUCCCUACAAGAAGCUCUUAAAUGAGAAUGAAGUGAUCAGUCAUGGCGAGAGAUUUAUGAGCACCAUGGGUCAAGUGGUUGGUGGCCUAGAGGAUCCAGAGUUCUUGGUUCCUAUGCUUCAUCAGCUCGCAAUAAGACACACGGGCUACGGAGUCACGAAAGACCUUUUUGUGGCUGCCAAGAGUGCCCUGAUGUUCACGCUGAAGCAAGGCAUUGGGAAGUCAGUCUUUAGCAGUGAGGUUCAGGAUGCAUGGACUGCAGCAUAUCAGUUCAUUGAAGACACCAUGAUUGAGAAGCUUUAAGAACAAAAACAUCUUAAUUCAUUGGAAGCUACAACCAGGUAGUAGAUACUACAUCAGAGAGAAAAAUGGAAAACAAUAGUCAUAUCCUGAAGAAAUUUACAGUAGAUGAAGUAAACCGCUUUCCAAUUUACAGGAAAUAAUAACAAUGACAUGGAGAUCAGUGUCAAUCAUACAAACUAUUUUUAGUUGCUUUUUAUUUUGAUGAGAAGAAAAAUCUCCUAAAACAAAAAUGAACAUCUGUAGAGAACCAGCUGCAGGCAAUUGAAAGAAAUUCAUCAAAGAUUGUGAAUAUCAAUACUACCAGUUUGGUUUCAAGCAGCAACAUAUUUGCUGUAGGUAUGCGUAUUUUCAAUAUUGAUAGUUUCUUCCACAUUUUCACCAUUUUUCUUUACUUGAUUUAAUGUGCAUCGUUCAGAAAACAAAUGGGCACAUUAUGUGAACAUGAAAAACAUGAAGCUAAUUUGUAUUCAUUUAUUGAAGUGCCAGUGAAAUUAACUAGCUAUAUUAAAUGUCAUCUCAAAAUAGUAAACCUCCCCUUCUCUCUCUCUCUCUCUCCCUGUUCCUUUCUCUCUCUCUGAUUGGCCAUUACUCCUCCUCUAUGUUUAUCACAUCCUGAUUACAUAUUGUACAUAAACAUAUUAAAUUCGAGAUGAACAUAUUUUAUAUAUAGAAGAAAAUUUGGGUUGUUGAUAAAUAGUGCACCUUGGAAUGGAAUUUUAGCUAGACAGAUGACUUGUCAUAUCUAUAUAAAGUUCUUAUUUCUAUCAUCAUUAAUGUUGUUGUGUACAUGCUCUGGCAUGCAUGGAGUAGAAAAAGGUAUUUUUUAUUGUGUAGUUCAGUUAAAUAUCAUGUCAUGGUAUACGUCAAUAUGUGUAUAUUGGAGAGUGUAAUUUUUCUUAUAGCACCUAUUGUUUAAACAGUUCAGUGUUUUUGUAUUAUUUUGUUCUUUAGUUGAUCAGUAAUAUUAAUUAAUAUGGGCCAAAGUAUUUCCACUCUAUGAAUACAAUGUAAAGCAUAUCUUUGACUAUGUCUGUGUAUAUCUUCAUGUUUGUAAACAGAAAUUUAAAAAAAAUAUUUCACUUGCAAAAAAAUUAAUAUUAGCUUAUACAUAGAUGCAUAUUUGUAUUAUAUACAGCUAAGGAGUUGAAUGGUAAUCUACUUUAUUUCUUUCUUUUGGUGUUGUGGUCAUUGUUCUUGCCUUUUUAUACACUUGUCUUUGCUGCCUACAAGUUAAUAUUUUACUUUCAUUCUACAGGUAAAGGUUAUAUAUAUGAUUACAUCAUAGAUCUCUCUAGUUUUCUACUUUUACACUUGUUAACUAACUAAAAAAGAAAAGGGUAUUUCUUGUAAAUACGAUAAAUAUUAGGUUAUGUAUAUCAAGAAUUUCCAGGACAUGUAUCUUAAUAGUUUUUACUGUAAGAGGAUGAGUUAUUUCCAAAUAUCAUGGUAAACAUUGAGAAAACUCCAAUAAGUCUAGCUAUUCCACGGAUAGAUGAAACUGUUAAAUACUGCAAAAUCAUUAUGUAAAAAUAAGAAAUAGAAAAUGCUCACUCAAAUCAAAAGUUCCCAGAACUGACAAGGCAUUUAUUCUCAAUCAUUUGUACAUGAUUUACUUCACUCCUGUAAUCGUACGUACACUCUUGAAUAAAAUGGUCCAGGUCACACCUUUUUCUCUAUCAAAUCCUAAUUUAAGGAGUUCUAGUACCCUUUUAAUGAAAUAAUCACAAAAACAAGCUAGGCAAGAUCGUGAAUAUUCUAAAACAAAGUUUUGAAUGAUAUAUUGUAAAUGACUCAAUGCAAAUAAGCAUAAGGCUUAGAAGACAAACCAUUUUUUCAAUACUUUAGCAAUAAUCCUUCGAUAUCUAGAUAUGCAUAGUCAUAUAAGUUUUUAGCAUAUAUACUUGAAACAAUCUAACAAUUUAAUUUGAUUCUGACUGAAUUGAAAUUAUCGAACCUGAUGAGGGAAAAAAAAUUGCUGUUGUAUGUGCCAAACAAUCGUCAUAACCAUCAGAAUGAAUGUAGAGUAAGGAGUAUUUGUUACAAAUGAAACUUUAUUUUUCAAUUCAUCUUUCUAGUUUUCUGUAUAUUUUGGACCAUGAGACAUAUUUAUUCAUUGCCAUUAUCCGAUUUAAGAAGAAGCUAUACUGAAAUAUUUUCAUUUCUGUUUGAUGUGCCAUUAACAAGUAGAACUUGAACCCAUCAUAAACAUUAUUAAAAAAAUGAAUUAAAAACUAGAUUACUUCUUUUCUAUACAUGCGAAAAUGAAAUAUAAUACUGCUCUAAUAAAUACAACUCUCAUUUUUAGCCUUGAUUUAAAGAAGCAUUUAAUCAAGAUCCAUAUUUGUUGAGCUUUUAAAUCUUAACUGACAUUUUCACAAGAAAAUGGUAUUUCUUUUAUAAUGAAACAACUGGAAUGGUUACUUCAUAUUAUAUUACAUACAUUAGUAUUAUAAUGACUUAUUGAGUAAAAAAGGAAAAUAGUAGUUUUUUGUAAACUUGCUUUGUUCAUUCAACAAGUUGAGCAAGAUUAUAAAGAAAAGUAAAUGUCUAAUAAUGUACAUUUUAGGUAUCUGAUGAAUGAAAAUUGUACAAUUCGACCAUUUACAAAUAUGAAGGCAAACUGGUACAGAUCAAUGUGAGAAACAUUAUUACAAGAUGAAAAAAAAUAUAAAUUUUCUACUAAAUGUAUUAUGUUGUACAGCCAGCAAUUACCUCAUCUUUAGAAAUGAAAUCCUAUAGCUUCAUAAACUCAACAUCCUUACAUUUGAUGGUUGUAGAGAAUUAGAUACUAUAGAUGCUAUAUAUAUUUUUGGCUAUUGUAUAAGGUUAAAUUCAGAUUUUAUAUUGUAAACUUUUAACUGAUAUGUUGAAGUAUUUUGAGUGGUGUAAACUACACAUUGAUAAUUGCAAUGUACUCUUAUACAUGAAAUUAGUUGGAAAUAAAUUCUUGUGGUGAAAAGGGUAAAUAAUUUAAGAAUGUUGUUUUCUCGUCUUUAAACAUCUCAUUACCCUUCUUAAGCACCUCCCCCUCCCCACUGCCAUGAUAUUCUGGUGCCAAACAAAUCGUAAUGGAAGAAUUUCAGAAAUCUUUAUAGAAUACUUUUCACAUUUAGUGUCUCAAAUACGAUGAAAGGUUGUUGACUUGGACUUGUUGAAUUAGCUUAAGUAGACUGUCGUCAUGAGCUGCAUACAAACAUUCUCCUUAUGCUCGUAGGCCUACUAUCCAGAAAAUAUGUUUCAUGUAUAAUAUAAUUAUAUUACCAUGGUUACUGAUUUAUUGUCAUCAUAUUCAUUCCUAUAUCAUCAUUAUUACAUAUAAUCAUCAUCAUAAUCAUUAGUAGUAUUUUCACUGGCACACUAUCAUUUUGCCAAUACCCUAGACAAUGUCCAUUGUGACCUUAUAUUAACUUACUUUAAAGAUCAGUUAACAAGCAGAACAUCCCCUUUGCUUUUGAUGGGCAAACCGUUCACCUCAACCAAUCGGACAACAACAUAUUAAGCAUGUGGAAUACAUUGUUAGUAUACUGACAAAAUUGAUGCACAUUACAUGUAUAAUAAAUAGUUCACAGUAGCAAAUCACGGCACAUGAUUCUUUUGACAUCUGAACCAGAAUCAUUUGAUUAUGACUAACUUUAAUCAUAUAUAUUGAAAAUACACUCUUCAAUAACAUGGUCAAAAUCACACUAAGGAGGUGUUCCAAGAAAAUAUUUAACGUGGAGAAGGUUUACGGUUGACCAUGUGUUAUGUGAAACGAAAUGCAGGCAGAAAAUUGAAAUGGAAAGGUUAGAAAGGAUGAAAAGAGGAAAUGAGAGGUACUCUUUUCUUGAAAGUGAGUGAAGUCCUGAAAAGGACUGUAAACCAGAUGCGAUGAGCUGAAUAUGGCUUGAGUAGCUAUGGUUUGAGUAGUAGCAGGUUGAAGCGAAGAGAGGUUACUCGACAUUUCGGGCAGGUUUACUGUCCGUCUUCAGGAUACAUCAUAUAGUUUAUGGUGAUACCCACUCCUCUUUCCAUUUCAAUAUUCUGCCUCUAUUUCCUUUCCCCUCUUCACAUUACACAUAGUGAAACGUAAACCUUCUCCAUGUUAUAAAAUACACCAUGCAAUCCUACAAAGGUCACAAGAAAACCUACAAAGGUCACAAGUAAUCGAUUGCAAAUUUAUGCUGCUAAUCAAAUGUGGAUCUGCAAUUAAUUGCCAGAAUUGUGACUGAUUUUGUGACCUAAACUUCACUUGCAAUUGAUCACAACUUUCUUGCAACAUCCCAUUAGUCUGCCUCAAGUUUUAAGCCAAAUAUUUUUGUUUAAUAAAUAAUUAAUAUAAGUCAAGGAGCUAGGCAUGAUCAUGAAUCACCUAUAAUGAAUAAAUACUAAACGAACUGAAUACAUACUAUUAUUCAACAAACUGUCAUAUCCAACAAAAAUAUAUACAUAUUUUAUUCUCCCUAAUCACUAUUGUUUACAUACUCCAUGAGUUGCUGCUAUCGUUAACUUAUUACAGGUUGUGGAAAACCCAUGCUGCUUCAUUUCAGUACUGAGACAAUACAAAUCACUAAAUUAUUAAAUAGAUGAAAUGACAAGAAACUAGAAAGACACAGACAAAUGGAAUAUUUAAAAUACAAACCAUAAUGGAAGCCGAUAGCAUUGGCAAAUACAUAGAACUAGCACCAAUUAACUAUGCAAUGAUCUGAAUAAAGAGCACAAUUAAAUACUUUCUUCAUGGUACAAUGAAGGCCUACAAGGUACAUGGUUAAUUGUAUUUUCAAGGCAAUCACUGUGCAUCAUUUCUAUUACUUUAUCUCCAUCCUGGUAACUCAUCUUUGCAUAUUGAAUCUGAGGAGCAUUCCACAAAGCAUCUUAUCAGUUAGUUUUCAUUGACAAAUCUGCUCUCAGCCAAUCAAAUGCAAGGAUUUCAGUAGUUUUAAAAAGUGAAAAUCACUGACCAUGCCCUUCAUGAAGAACCCCCAUCCUCCCCCAUCAUGCAAUGAAAAUUUUUAAAGACUACUUCAAUAUACC